AUGGAUGGACUUUCGGCAGCCGCCAAUGUUGUCGCAGUGAUCCAGCUAACUGGAACUAUCUGGUCACUUUGCUCUGAUUACCUCAAACAAGCAAAAAAUGCGAAGAAAGAUAUUCAGCGGCUCCAAGGUGAGCUUGUUGGGUUGGAAACUGUCCUUGACGGCGCGCACAGCUUGCUCAAAGGCCCAAACUCCGAUAAACUUACGGUGUCACAGAAAUUUAGCAAUGAGCUGGGAAAAUGUUCACUACAGCUCCAUAAUCUCAAAGCGAAACUGGAAGAUAAGCCAGAUACUAGGAAAAGGGAUAGAAUAAUUCAUUCUUGGCGAUUUCGCAGUUUGAAGUGGCCCUUUGAGAGCAAGGAUAUCGAUAAUAUCGUCCGCGACAUCUUCAAAUUUAGAGAAACACUUUCCACAAGCCUCAAUAUUGAUCAGACAAUGCUUCUACUUCAGAACUUUACGCUCAUCAACUCUGAGGAACAAUUCAAAAUCCUAGAUUGGAUAUCGUCAGAACCAUACGGGAAACACCACAACACUGUCAAUGAGGCACGGACUGAUGGCACAUGUGAAUGGCUGCUACAACAUGAGAAGUUCCAAGAAUGGGAGAACAGCAAUUCAUCGGCAGUCCUGUGGCUUCAGGGCUCUCCUGGAUCUGGGAAAACAUUUCUUGCAUCCAAGGUCAUCGACCACGUUCAGAGGCAGUUGGAAACGGCCCCAAAUCACGGAUUUGCAUUCUUCUACUGCAACCGGAACGAAACGGGGCGUCGCGAGCCACUCUCUAUCCUUAGAAGCUACGUUCGUCAACUCUCGACAGCCACUAGCAUUUCCAAUGGUAUACGUAAAGGACUGAAAGAUCUCUAUCAAGAUAUGAGAAUGAAGAGCUCGGAUAUUGGCUUCGACACAUGCAAACAACAGUUACACGAAGCGGUCAGCCUCUAUGAUAAGACAACUAUCGUACUAGAUGCCCUAGACGAGUGUGAACCGGACUCGCGCUUCCAAAUAAUUGACAUGAUUAACUCCCUGCUCUCUCACUCCAAAAGAGUCAAUGUUUUUGUCUCUAGCCGAAGGGACCGAGAUAUACGAAACAUAUUUUCGAAAACUCCAAAUAUCGAAAUCCAAGCAAGUGAUAAUGAGAAAGAUAUCCAGAGUUUUGUCGACAGUGAAAUUUCUAAGCAUCAAAACUGGAAAGAAAUGCCCUUGCCAUUAAAGCAAGACAUUGUCGAUGUCCUUCUAAAUCACAGUGGAGAAAUGUUUCAAUGGGCAUACCUACAGAUCAAGCAGAUACUUGAUCUUGAAUCUGAAGAAGCCAUUAGAGAUCGGCUUGGAAAACUUCCAAGUGGCCUCAAAGCGACCUAUGACGAGAUAUACGGUAAAAUAAAAAGUCGAAACGAGUAUGACAAAGCACUCGCAGACCGCGCUUUUGUGUGGGUAAUGUCUGCAUGGCGACCUUUGACCAGCAUGGAGCUUCUACUCGCCAUUCGUUGCAGUUUCGAAGGCACUUUAUGUAUGGGCAGUGUAAUCACCGAAUCUCAGUUGCUGCAUCUUUGUAACAACUUACUUGUUCUCGAUUCGCAACGAAAAGUGUGGAGGUUCUCCCAUCUUUCUGUAGCGGAAUAUUUUGAAAAUAACUAUUGGACACGGCAGCAGGCUCACUGUUAUAUUGCCAAAGUCUGCCUUGCUUAUCUUAUCGAGGCUUAUAAAGAUCCAAAAGCUGAGAAUAACCAUGAUAGCAGAGAUGAUUGGCUUGGGCACUAUUCCCAACACUUCUGGAUCUCACAUGUCGAAGCUCAAAAGGAGGAAGAGCCUGAUCCUGUGUUGCAUGAGCUUUUAAAAACUGUUCUCGGGUAUCCGAAGGAAGGUAUCUUGCACUACCGAAGAUAG